AUGAUGAAAAAUAGCAAUAUAAUAGUGUGGAAUUGUAGAGGAGCAGCAGGGAAAGAAUUUUUCAAAUUCUGUAAAUACUAUAUUGAUAUAUAUAAGCCUGAGAUUUUUGUUUGUAUGGAGACAAGGUGCGAUCCAAAAAAGCUCUACCAAUCAUGCAAAAAGCUAGGUUUCAACACUUGUCAUUCAGUAGAUAAUAUAGGAUUUGCGGGAGGUAUCAUUGUAGCUUGUAAAGAUGAUAACUUAAAGGUCCAAAUGUGGAAUAAGGAGGAGCAUUUUAUUCACCUGAAGAUGCAAGAUAUGCAUGGGAGAGAAUGGAUGCUAACCUUGGUGUACGCAAGCCCUUAUGAGGUGAAGAGGAAGAGUCUGUGGGAGCAUUUGAGACAGUUUGCUGAUUCCAUAAAUCUCCCUUGGCUUGUAGCAGGAGAUUUUAAUGAGAUUGCCUUCUCUAAUGAAAAGAAAGGAGGUGCUAUAGCUUCAGGAAGAAAAUGUAAGAUCUUUCGAGAUAACAUGGAAAAAUGUAAGUUACUUGAUCUUGUAGCUAGUGGUCCGUUUUUCACGUGGAGGGGCCCUAUUUAUCAUGGGGGGCAACGUAUAUAUGAAAGAUUGGACCGAGCAAUAAGUAAUGAAGAAUGGAGAUUGAUGUACUCAGAAGCCCAUGCUAAAGUUCUUCCUAAAGUGGAUUUCUCUGAUCAUCAUCCCAUAAUGACUUCUCUAAUGUGCAAUAAGAGUGAGAGGGGCCCUAAACCCUUUCGCUUUGAAAGUGCAUGGAUGGUGGACGAAAAUUAUAAUGAAAGACUUAGAGGGUUUUGGAGGACAGAUGAUAAUCUUGUGGUGAAUCUUAAAAGAAUAGAAUCUGAUGCCACAUAA